AUGGCUCCAGCUUUAGAUGGUGUUAAAAUAACUGUUAUGUUAUUACUAGUGGGGUAUCCAUUACGCAGGGAUUUCGACAAGACCAAACUCCAGCGUGAACUAUUGAGAUCAUGCCACUCGGAAAUUGACCAUAGGACUAGAAAUGGCGAAUCUGGGCUUUCCAUCAAGCAUGACAGAUGUAUUUCUAAUAGCAAUUGUAGUCGUGGUGGUGGUGUUUUCAUUGGCAUUCUUAAAGAUUACCCUGCACGCAUCGUUAAAGUUACUCAAUUAAAUGUUGAACAUGUUUUUGUCCGUUUUACUAUUGGUUCUUACGGUUUCAUCGUUGGUGGUGUCUAUAUUCCCCCUCACUCAUCUCCUUUAAUUUAUGAAUCACACGUUUCUUCCAUUGAAUAUUUGCUCAAUACUUAUCCUAAUGACAAAUUUAUUAUUUGUGGGGAUUAUAAUAUUCCUGAAACAGUAUGGGAUAAUGAUGAUUAUGGUAUUGUUUACUCUUAUUCCUCUCCUGCUCGUGCCCCUUGUAUUCCCGAAUCAUUUACAACUAAUGGAUUCUUUCAAAAAAAUAAUAUUUAUAAUUCAACCAAUUCGAUUCUAGACCUAGUUUUUUGCAAUGAUAAAGCUCUAACCGUUGAAAAGUCGCUUGACCCGCUAGUUCCUAUUGAUAAAUACCACCCAGCUUUAAAUAUUUUACUUCCAUUUAGUCUCCCAGUACCAAGUUGUAAGCAGAAUCACAAAUUCUACAAUUUUCGUAAAGGCGAUUAUGAGAAUAUCCGUUCCUUUAUGUCUUCAUUUAAUUGGUCUUCAACCUUUUCUCAAUACGACCGGAAUUCAGCGGUUAAUGUGCUAUACGAUGCAUUACAUAAAUCAAUCUUGGAUCACAUCCCCCUAGUCUCUUUUACUGAAUCAACAUUCCCACCCUGUGUUAAUGAUCAUAGAGAAUUCUCUUUACUGCGUGCCAAACUUAAAUAUGAAACAAAAAGAUUUUACCGCGAUUUUAUACACCGUACUGAAACAGCCCUUAGGACAAAGCCUAAUGAUUUUUGGAAAUUUGUUAGAAACAACCGCUCAAAAAAUUAUAUUCCCAAGGAAAUGUCAUACAACGAAUUCACUUCUAGUAAUGAACAAGAGACUGCCAAUCUCUUCUCUGCCUACUUUUCCUCAGUCUACUCUACUAAACGAGUUGAUUUUGAUGCCAAAAAAAUUGAUGUUCCCGCCUUUGAUCUGCCCAAUAAUGCUUUGUUUAGCGCUGAAGAUGUAUUCCAUGGCCUAUCCUCGUUAGAAAAUGUAUGGUCUAUUGGCCCGGAUGGCCUCUCAGGUCAUUUUUUAUUUGAACUAAGAAUAAUUAUUGCUUAUCCACUAUGGCUUCUAUUUAGGAGGUCACUAGAUGAAGGCACUUUUCCUUCCAUAUUCAAACUCAGUUCUGUAAUUCCUAUUCCCAAAUCUGGUAGCCCCUCCACUGUAUCUAAUUAUCGACCUAUUUCCAUCCGAUCGCACAUCUCAAAAAUUUUUGAACACCUAGUCUUAAAUUCAAUUCAACCGACAGUUAAUUCGAUCCUAGCCGAAGAACAGCAUGGCUUUCGCCCAAGACACGCAAUUUUGUAUUCAAUAAUUAUGUCUUCGACUCCUUUCAACACCAAACUCAGGUAUCAAUGUGUUAAAGUAUUUGAUGUUAAGUCUAAUUUGUUCUUAGCUUCGUCUGGUGUCCCGCAAGGGAGUCAUCUGUCGCCAAUAUUGUUUUCGUUAUUUAUUAACAACCUCCAUCGUGUGCUACAUCACUGUCACUUUCUAUGUUUUGCUGAUGACAUCAAAAUGUAUAUGCGCGUAACCAUGCCAGAUGAUUGCACAAAUCUUCAGUCCGACCUAGAUCGGUUCUCAAAUUGGUUCAACACUUUAGGUUUAUCACUUAAUCUUGAUAAAUGCAAAAUAAUGACCUUCMCUAGAUCCCGUUCUCCGAUAAUGUCCCCAUACUUCAUMAACAAUGYAGCUGUUUCUCGUACUAUGGACUAUGUCAUGGAUCUUGGCUUCAGGCUAAGCUGCAAUCUGGACCCAACUGCACACAUCGAAUACGUAUGUUGUAAAGCUUUAAAAACUCUUGGUCUUGUCAUCCGAUUAAUAAAGGACUUUCGGCUUGUAUCAUCAUUAAAAACACUUUUCUGCGCUCUUGUGCGUCCCAUUUUAGAAUAUGGGACCGUACUUUGGAACCCACAUACAGCGGAUAAUGCAAGUGCGUUAGUAGAUGAGAUAACAGUUGACAAUUUAUUAGUUAGGGAAGCUGAUUUACCUAUCUCGACGAAUAAUUUACUGGUAGAAGUUACUCAAGAAAUAUCCAAAGUAGAUCAGAGUUUAAGCCACGUAGAUCACGAAACAAGUUUAACCGUAACUCAAGAAAAUACCAACGUCCCAACACCUACAGAACAAAUUGAAAAUUCAGACAAUCAAGAGAAAAUCUUGGAUUGGUCAGCGGGUGACGAGACCCAGCAAUCAAACCCAAAUAUUAAGUGGUUUUUAAAUCAAGACUCCACAAAAAUCAUGGAUUCCAACCAAAGUCAGGGAGCGAGUAGUGGCUACAACCAGCCACCAGUAAUGGAAGGCACAAACGCUGCAGAAUUGAACCGAUUAAUCGAUCUGAAGGUUCAAGAAAUAAUGAGUAUUAGCGAUAAUACUAGUCCAAGACGAAGUGAUUCAAUGGCAAAUGACCAAAUUGGAUUACAAGAUGGCAUUAGAUUACUACAAAAAUCUUUCGAUGGAAAGGAUACCGAAAAUUUAGAAAACUUUUAG